AUGGCUGAAGCACUAGGUGUUGUCGCCAGCGCGAUUGCGGUCAUCCAGAUCUCCAAGGAAGUAAUUAACGCGUGCAAAUUCUACAUUGAAGCACUACGCUCCGAUGCACCUACCAGCUUACGCACCAUUUUGAUUGAAGUGUCCACACUCAAGUCCGUUCUUGAGAACCUGGAGUUCAUAUCGAGAUGCGAAACCUUCACAACCACCUUGCAAAACGGACUAGCAGCUUCUGAUGGUCCUAUCGAGGGCUGUAGGGUCGCAAUGGUAGCGCUAGAGAAGCUGUUUCCGAAACAAUCACUCCACAACGGACAGAACGCUUCAAAACGGCAGAAAGUCCAAGCAACAUUUGCAACAUUGGCAUGGCCUCUGAAGCAGGGCCAGGUACAGGACCUUCUCCAGCAGAUCAGCCGUCAUAAAGAGGAUAUCAAGCUCGCUCUGACGACAGAGGUCACGAAGGAUAUAAAAGAUAUCAAAGCAGCUUCUGGAGAGAUCCGCUCCAUCUUGACAGAGGAGCAACGCUAUAGAGUGUGCAACUGGCUCACAUCAACCGAUCCCUCACCAAUUCACAAUCGAUCGCGCAAACUAUAUGAAGAUGGAACUGGAAGCUGGAUGCUUCGCUCACAGCACUGGGCUGGCUGGCUGGCUUCGAGUACUCGAUGUCUUUGGGUCCACGGUAUCCCAGGUUCUGGCAAGACCGUUCUCGCAUCUUGGUUGAUUGAAAACGUCCAAAGCCAUUGCAAGAGGGUUUCAACAAGAAAAUCGCCUUGCGUGAAUGUUUACUACUACUGUUACUUCGGCCAUCAUCAAGACGAGUCCGCCCCGUUUCUUAGAUGGGUCAUCACUCAGCUCUCACGCCAGGCAGACGUGAUUUCGACUUUAACACAUGAUCUUUACAGACGAGGUGGAGAACCGAGCACUCCUGAACUUCUUGAUACGCUAGAACAGAUUCUCCAAGUGUUUAGCAGAGUGUACAUUGUGAUUGAUGCUGUGGAUGAGAGCGACCCUCGUGAAGAACUCCUUGAGGUCAUUCAGACUCUCGUUACCGACCAAAGGCUUUGCAAUAUUCAGAUCCUUGUGACGAGUCGCGAGUACAUCGAUAUUGAGCGAGUGAUGGAGAACAUAUCCGUUUCAGUCCCAAUGGCAAAUGAAUUAGUCGAACAGGAUAUUCGUCUUCAUGUUCAGUCAAUCCUACGAUCAAACCGAAAGUUUCGAUGCUGGCCCAAUGAUCUUCUCGUUGAGGCUGAAAAUGCUAUUAGUACCAAGGCGAAGGGAAUGUUUCGGUGGGCCGUUUGCCAACUACACGAAUUGCAGCGUUUGAAGGUCGAUAGCGAGGUGGUUAGCAAAGCUUUGGAGCGACUUCCUAAAGAUCUAGAUGAGACUUACGACCGAACUUUUCUCCGGAUACCACGAGAGGAUUGGAAAUUUGUAUCUCAUGCUUUUCAAUGGCUUUGGUUCUACGGCCAGCUCGGCCCCCCAGAGAACGGUACUCCAUCAGUUCUUCUCUUGGAUGCAAUCAAAAGCAGUACAUGGCGGACAGAAAAUCACAAUAGUCAUGUUCUAUAUAACUCAGAGAGACUACGGGAGCUUUGUGGAUGUCUUAUCAGUAGUCUGGAAGACUCCAUAUCAUUCGCCCACUACACGGUCAAGGAGUAUCUGGACUCAGAUCGCAUACGACAAGGCCCUCUCUUCACCUUUUCCACUGAAAAGCACAAGGUUUUGUCCACACGCUUGGAUGUCUUGUUUCUCCAGGCACAAACAUAUACACUACAGGAUCUUAAAGACCUCGAAGCAGGUGCCUAUUUGCAAUUGAAUGAGCUGGAUCUUUGGAGCAGCCCUAGCUUUCAUUCUGUUUAUUAUGCAAUGGAAUCACUCACCGUAUGGGGCGAAGAGAUAUCUGAGAGCGAUGACCUUUAUGCGCGGAUGAAGAGUCUCCUACAUCACUCAAAACAGUAUUUAACAUGCCUUAAUAAGCUGCGCUAUAAUGAAGCAGGUGGGAAAUGGAUUCAUCUACUCUCAGAAAUUGGAUUUAGCAGAGAUAGAGAUUCUUGGACUAUCGACUGGAACGAGCAUUCAACAGACCGCGAUGCGUCGUUGCUUCUGAGCCUGCUUCUUAUGACUGACAAUCCAGACUCACCUCUAUUAUCCAGAUUUAUCAUCGAGGCACAGAUUGAGGCAGUCUUCAGCAACAACAUACGCCUAAGAAUAGAGGGUUACACUUACAAUUACAAGAAGAACAGAGGUUGGGACGCGGCUCUUGGACUAUUCGAGUUUGAUGGACCACUAAUUCAAAUAGUAGUUCAAUUCUUUGAACCGAACUCGAGGCGCCUUGAAAGUUUGCUGGUUAGCUACACUGGACUUUACAAUCCUUCCACAACUCUCGUCUAUUUUAUAGGCCAUCAUAGGUCAUAUCCCCCUAGCGAUGCAGAGGAUGAUGGUCCUUCCUUUUGCCCACUGCGGCAUCUAUUGGAAGCUGGAGCUCAACCCAAUCUCCUAGGAUAUCCCAUGACACCACUGCAGAUAGCUGUUGCGGCCAGAAACGUUGAAGGAGUUCGUUUGCUACUGCAUUUCGGGGCUGAUCCAAAUUAUAUUGGCGAUACGCUAGGUAAUGCUUGGCCAACAAAUAGCGUAAUGGCCAGCUUUGACCAGUUCCAUGGUAUGUCGCCUCUUCGCAUUUUCAGAAGUGGUGAUAUUGUUUCUUUGGCGGCGGAUUAUAGGGAAAAAAGCGAACCGAGAAGGGAAAACAUAGAGGACCUACUGCGUGGAUAUGGUGGGAUGGACUUCCAGUUGGGCCAGGGCGAACCAUAG